CCAAAGUAAUAAUAUUCAGAAUGAAAAUUCUUGGUUAUAUACUGAACUUGAUCAAAAACAAUAUGAAGAGUUAUUUUAUUUAUCAUCAGACAUGAAUAGUGAAAUUAAUGAAGAACUUACUAAUUAUCUUUCUUCUAUUUUAGAUGAGCUUUGCACUGAGAAAAAUCAAGAAACAAAUACAAUCGAUGAAUUGGUUCAUCAUCAAAGCCAAAUAGAACAUAUGAAAAAAUGCUUAGCUUGUCAAACUUCUAAUAUCGACAAUAAGAAACAUGCUAUUACAUUAUGGUUCAAACUUUCAAAUCAAUAUCAAGGCUAUGAUACAAUACUUGAAGAAAUUAACAAAUCAUUAAAAUCAUUAAUUCCUCCAAUACCUUCACAAUGUGAAAUCAAUGAGCCUCAUAUACGUCCUAGUUUUACUGCUAAAUCGUAUCGAUUUUGGGUUCAAAUAAGAAAAGCCCAAUUCAUAAAUCCAAAUGUCAAUAAUUGUGCAUUUCAAAAUCUAAGUAGAGAAUUGAUAUUAAGUGAAGAAAUGAUAAGAUUUAGUGAUUCAGAUCGAUUGUGCUUUCGUGAUUUAUCGAAUAAGUCCCGUGAAGAUUUAGUAAAUAUUCUUCAAGAAAUUAGAAAUAUAUUAACUAAAAAUAACAUUAAUACUAAUGAA